AUGUCCGGGUUCAAGGACAUCGUCAAGAACGGAUGGCACCCCGAAAAGUCAGGCUCCUCCAUCAGAGGCUCAGUCUCAGGGCUGAUGGGUCGCAACAAAGACUCGCCUUCCUCGUCAGAGACGCCCAGCCGCGUCGCCCGCCCUCUCUCCCAGCUCAAAGACCCGGCAACCUUCGCCCCGCCCCCGAAGCGUACCGGCUCUGGCCUCGCGCCUGCUCCUCCUCCCGUGUCGACGAAGCGCCAGGUGGUCACCAGCCCCUCGAAAUACCUGGACCCCCGCGCCGAGCCUGCCGCCGAGCCGCCGGCCCACGGCGAGGAAUCAAGGUCGUCGCCGAGGCCGUGCAGCGGAAGCACUACCGGCUCUUCGGCGACGCGUAAUCUGCCAAAGCCGCCGGGCAGGAGGGACGGAGCUGAUGGGAGGAGCCCGGCCCCACCCUGCGAUGAGGCGAUCCGGAACCCUCCCGCGGCAACGGCCCUCCCGCCCAGCCUGCCUCCGCGAUUACCGCCCAGGGGCAACACCUUCACCACCGCCGCCAGUUCCCCGUGCGCAAAUGCCAGGAGCGACUCAGACAGGGCUGCAGGUCAGACUUGGCUGAACCAGAACGCCGUCAGUGGCCUUGGCGCCGCGGGUGUGAAUGUCCCGGCUUUGGGCAUCGGUCGUGAGGGCUCCACAAACAACCACGGCAUCCCUAGCCCCUCUGCACCAGCGCAGCCUUCCUCUGGCUCUGCGAGCCUGGGAGCCCAGGUCAACCAGCUGCAAGCAAGAUACGCAGGAAUGGGCACUCCGUCAGCAAGCUCCACGGACGCUAAACCGCCUGCCGAGGGCACAAGCUGGGCACAGAAACGGGCAGCUCUCAAAACCGCGUCCGAUUUUCACAAAGAUCCGUCGUCCUUAUCCUUGGCAGACGCUAAGCUCGCAGCUAGCACUGCCAACAACUUUCGACAGCGUCACGGAGACCAGGUUGCUUCAGGGAUCAAAAUGGCCAAUGGCUUGAAGCAGAGAUAUGGUGUCAUGGACGAGACCGGAGCCUACAACAACAGCUCGCCGAAACCAAAACCCAAACCACAAUUUCAAUCGUCAUCGUCGCCGCCGCCUUCGCAAGGCACAGUGCGGCCAUGCACUGACCAUGUAAACAGCGACACCACAGCUGCGGCGUUGGAGCAGACGGGAAAGAAACGACCUCCUCCGCCCCCCAAAAAGAAGCCAGGUCUUUCCACCGCUCCUCUGAAGCACCCUCUACCGUCACACGGAGAUGAGCCUCCACCCGUGCCACUAUCGACGAGGCCGGCCUUUUGA